CGAGAAUCUUCUGAUUAUGGUACACGUUGUGAGGGAUGAUAGAUAUUCAAUGAGGAUGUUACGUCUACUUGUUGCUGUUCUCUUUCAUCAAGAAAGAACGAUAAAAACAAAUCUAAAAACUUUUCAACAUUUUUUAUUUGACCCGCUCAGCGAAAAUUUAUAAAUAUCGUGUUCCAAUGGACGAACUCGAAGACGAAGAACACGAUUUUUACUUGAAGAUGCAUGUUCUUCGUUCUUCUUCGAGUUGCAACAGGCAGCACCAAUGCAACUGUUUAGAAAUAGCACAUGAUCUACUGAUGCUUGGAAAUAAUUAGUACAUUUAACCUAAACCCUACGGCCUCUAAGCUAGUGAAACCGGUGGGGGCCACAGCGAACAGUCUGAUGAAGAUGCGCCUCGAAAUAGAACCUCACAUUACGCCUUCGCCCCUUUUACGGCUUCCACUCAAAAGUUCAGGAGAGAAGAACUGACAUUCAGUUGACAAUUGACGUCCACAAGAACAAGGUUCAUAUUUUUAACCGUCCACAAGAUCAAGGAGAAGGUCAAGAUCUACUGUCAUCUUCAAAGAAAAUGCGGCUCAAGUAGGUGAAGAAUAUGAAUAGGGAACUCAGCACAACAUAGAGACGGGUAGUUGGUAGAAGGGUACUUCGGAAAGAGGAACAAGAACACUCGUCCUUCUCCCACUGUCCUCGUGUCUUCUUCUAACUUCCCCAGCACCAGCCGAAGCUGCAAAAAACGAAGGCGCCGAACAAGGAGCGGAAGAAGAGGUGGCAAAGCCGGUGAAGAACAAAUACGUUCUGCAUGAUGGUAACCCUGUGAAAGUUGCCGGCUUCACCGAGACUUUCUCUACAAACACGUACAUUUAAGACAGCUCAAUAAAAAUUAUAAAAUAUUCUUAUUCAUCAAUUCAUCUUCUGCCUCUGCCAGACCCGGGAGAGCCAGUCUGUCAUUUCUCAUUGAUUUCAAUUAUAUUUGUUUCUUUUUAGAAUACUAGGAACAAAUGCAGGCAAGACAUGAUUUUUUUUGACGAGGUGGUCUAAUACAUCCAGAAGCUGAUCGGUACCAAUCCCAGUACGGCCAAGCACCUCAAGAAAGCGGUAGAGGAAGCCGUAGCGAAAUUAUGAAAUGAAGAUCUUUUCUAGUACUAGUAGAACUAGUAGAAGCAAGCACAGUCGCCUAUUCAAUAAGAUCGAUCUACAUCUACAUGCAGAUGCACUUACGUGUUGUGAAUACAAAGACUCAUGCUCGUCAUCGUUCUUCUUGAAUUACGCUAGGUUAAGCGUUCAAGAACAUAUACAUUUAAUUAAAAAGGACAGCAAGAAGAUAUUAAUUACCCCUUCUAAGGCCAGAACAGCAAGACCAAUCUGGCGGUGAAGAGGAUGGAGAAACGGAAAAGACAAAUUUCGUCACCUGGGAUCAGAUGUCAGUACAAGACAAAAGAUUGGCUUUGUGGAUCCAGUCUGUAGUGUCCCACAGUGAGCGCGAACACCACAUGGCUCUGGACCGCGAAUUGUUGACGGGACUUGUGUUAUGGUGGAUGCAGUGUUCGUUGCGUUAUUUUUAAAUUUGAAUUAGUUUUUAGUUGAUCAUGUAUUCGAAAACUCAAAAUAACCGAGUUACUGACUGAAAUAAGUAGGGAGGUAGCUUAGCGCCAAGGCUACUCUUCCUUCUCAACAUCAGUAUCUCGCUUAUUCUGAUGAGUUACUUGCUUAUUUCAGUUUUUCGAAUCGUGUGUAGUUAUGGUUGAAAUUUGGACCAGAAAAGGGAGUCAUUUGUUCUUCUCAUUCUUGUAGAAGACGGCUCAGUUAUAUUGAUUGUUCUCCUGCUCAUCAUGAUCGAGUACUACAGUUUUUGAAUAAGAACAUCAACAUAGACAUGUAUGGCUCUGGUAUUUGGUAACCUGAAUUCGAUCGCAAGGAUUCCCUUCUUGUUUUCCUUAUGAUCCAAAUCUUCAGGUUACCAAAUACCACCAUCAUUCAAGACAUGACUGUCUCCGUAGUCGUAUCUUGAUAGUCCGCUCAUGAUGAUGAUCGAGUAAAAUAAGAGGAUCAACAUAGACAUUAUCUUCGUCGUGUCUUCAUUGAACAUCUUCAACAUGGACAUGAUUAUCUCUUGAUAGCCCUCCUCCUCACAAUUUCAUCUUUAGCGAGUUACCCAAGCGGAGAGAAGCAAAACGGACGGGACCGAGGAGCCGAAAAGAAAGCGGAGGCGCGAUUGAGUCAGAUGGUACAGUCAGGAAGGUUAAGGCUUCAACUUACUUAUUUUUCGGCUUCAUUUAUUUUCAUCUUCUUGAAACCUCCUUCUAAGAAAAACCAACGCCGAUCUUCGCGGUAUUGGGUAUCAUUUCAAGCGAUUAAGUCAAAUGAUCCCAGAGUGGCGGAAGCGGGUUGUCAUGACGGCAUUGAGGGGCGCCACGACCGAGGCGGGGGAAGCAGCGCCAUGAUCGGGUGUUGUUUUAGAUACUUCUUG